AUGAGGAAACUCCUAACAGCUCUGGGCCUUCUGGUCACCCUGCACAUCGCUACAUCCAACAGGCUGGUGUGCCACAUGACAAACUGGGCCCAGUACAGGCCAAGCAGUGCCAAAUUCAUGGCAGAAAACAUCGACCCCUUCCUGUGCACACAUAUCAUCUACACCUUGGCCACCAUCGACAGCUUCAACCAGAUCUCCACCACCGAGUGGAAUGAUGACCAGCAGUUUGCCAUGCUCAACAGGCUCAAGAAUGCUAAUCCUGCAUUGAAGACUCUGCUGUCUGUCGGAGGAACAGUCAAUGGACUAAGCCCAUACAUCGCCAUGGUUGCCAAGUCUGACACCCGUGCAGACUUCAUCACGUCAGCCAUCAGCUUCCUGCGCGCCAAUAACUUUGAUGGGCUGAACCUGGCCUGGGAAUACCCUGGACACAACGGCAGCCAUGAUGAUGAUAAAGAGAGGUUCACUGCAUUGGUCUCGGAGCUGGCUGCGGCCUUUGAGGAUGAUGCCAAAGAAAACAGGAAGACUCGGCUGAUGCUGUCAGCCAAUGUUGCUGCAUUGCGUCAGACCAUCAUCAAAGCCUACGAGGUCGACAAGAUUGCACCUCACUUUGACUUCAUCAAUGUGAUGACCUAUGACUACCAUGGACACUGGGAGAAAACUACUGGACACAACAGUCCACUGUACAUGAGCAGAGUGGACACACCAUCUCAGUAUUUCCAGAAUAUAAACGAUUCUAUAUCUACCUGGUUGGGUCGGGGGGCACCAGCUGAGAAGCUGCUACUAGGUUUCCCGACUUAUGGAAGAACAUAUCGUCUUCGCAGCGGUGACACCAGCCUGGGAGCUCCAGCUAAUGGCCCAGCUGAGGCCGGACCCUACACUCGCACUGCCGGCUUCUGGGCUUACUAUGAGAUCUGUGACUUCUCCAACGGUGCUGAUGUUGAAUGGAUCGAUGAACAGCGCGUUCCAUAUGCCACUUAUGGCAGUGCAUGGGUGGGCUAUGAUGACAAGCGCAGCUACUCUUCCAAGGUCCAGUUUAUGACUAAUAUUGGCCUGGGAGGUGCUCAUGUGUGGGCUAUGGACAUGGAUGACUUUGCUGGAUCCUUCUGCUCAGACGGAGCUUAUCCUCUUGUCAACCACCUCAGGCUUUCAAUGGGCUUCCCCCCUAAGCCCACCACCACCCCAGCACCUACCACCACCAAGGACCCCAUAGCCUCCUUUUGUCAGGGCCGCCUUGAUGGCCUGUAUGAGAAUCCAACUGAUCAAACCACCUAUUUCCAGUGCUUCAAGGGAAACACCUACAUUCACCACUGCCAGCCUGGCCUCAUCUACUGGGACUCCUGCAAGUGCUGCGACUGGCCCUGA